AUGAAUUCAUUAAAUUAUACAAAUCAUAUCGUUUUAGGAAAUAUUUUAUUCUCAACAUUAUAUCUAUCAAUGUCUAUAUUAAAUUUAUUGGAUACUUAUUACGUAAUAUCAGCAAAUUCAAUACAAUUUAUAAAUAAUAAUAAUAAUAAUAAUAAUAAUAAUAAUGAUGAAAUUACAUAUGAACAACAAUCAAUCAAUAAGAUAAAUGUAAAUGGGAACAAAUUUGAGAAUGGGAACAAACUUAUAAAUGGGAACAUUUUAUUCAUAACUAAUUUUAAUUAUGAACAUACCUUAGUUACAUAUUAUACAGAAAUAUUUGGUGGUAUUUUAAAUUUUAUUUCAGCUAGCUUAUAUUUAACUACACAGUUACAUAGUUUAUUAUUAGUAAAUAAUAAUAAUAAUAAUAAUUCAAAGGAGAAAAAAUUGAAAUCUCGUCCAAGAAUCCCAUUUCCUCAUUAUUAUUUAUAUACUGAUGAACAAAUUAUAAUUGUUCAACAAUAUUUUGAAUUUUCAAGUUUACUUGCUAUUAUUUCUGGUAUAUUCGGUUGUUUUAUGAUAAUGACAACAACAAUUUUAAGAACUUACAAAAUAUUUGCAAAUCAUUUAAAAAAAUAUUUAAUUACUACCAUUUUAAAUUUAAAUUUAAAUUUAAAAUGGUUUGUUGAUAUGACAACUAUUAAAAUACAACAAAUAAAUCAAAUAUUAUUAAUAUUUAUAUUAUUGAUUAUUAAUAUUUAUGCUUUAUGUUUAUCUAGUAAAAUAAAAUGUAAAUAUUAUAAAAAUAAUUUAAAUAAUAAAAAUAAUGAAAAUAAUAAUUUAAAAGAAAAAAAAUUAAUAAUCAAUAAAAAAAAUGAUCUAAAAUUUUGUAAACAAUUAAUUCAAUUAAUUUUAUUAUUUUCUAUUAUAUUAAUAAUUUUAGGUAAUUUAAUUAUUAUUAUAAAUAUUUUUGAAUUAUUUCAAAUAAAUAAUUAUUAUUUAUUUAAUAAUUAUUUAUUAAAUAAAUUAAAAUUAUAUAAAAUUUUUAAUUUUUUUAAUGGUUUAUUAAUUAUAUUCAUUGGAUUUUUAUCUAUUUUAUCAUUAAAAUAUUUUACUAUACCAUUUAAAAAUAUUUUAAAACAAUAUGAAAUUUUAAAUAAAUCAUAUAAAUUAAAAAAUAUAAUAAUUAAACAUUUUAAUUGUCCAUUAUAUUUAAUUAUUUUAUUAUUAUGUUUUAUAUCUAUACCAAUACAUAUAUAUUAUCAUAUUAAUAAUAAAUUAAAUUAUUUAUUAUUUAAUAUAAAUCAAUUCAAUAAUCAAUUCAAUAAUCAAUUUAAUAAUUCAAUCAAUUUAUUUCAUUAUGGAUAUAUAUUAAAUUAUUUUUCAAAUUUUUUAUCAUUUUUAAUAUUGAUUUUAUUAUUAUGUUGUACAUUUAUUGAUUUAUAUAUACGUAAUAAAUUUCAAUUAAAUUUAAAAUUGAAUUCAUUUAAUCAAUUACUAUUAAAUAGUCCGAUCAAUACUAAUAUUGAACAAUUAAUAGAAAAAGAAAAAUUAAAAAAUUAUUAUAAUAAUUAUAUGAGUAAUAUCAUAUAUCCUGAAUUGAAAAUAUCUCCUAUAUCCUAUUCAUAUUUACCUUCACAUAAUAAUUUAACAUUUAAGGAAAAUGAUACAUUAAAUAUGAGAAAAUAUAAAAUUAAAAGAAUGAAUCAAAGAUUUUCAGAACCAUGUCAACAAAUUGAAGAGAUCAAAUGUGUAGAAUAUUCAGCUUUACAAAAAUCUGAUACUACUACUACUACUACUACUAAUAAUAAUAAUAUUAAUGAAACUAGACCUAUUCCCUAUUUAACAUCUAAUAUUCAUCCAUCUAAUUGUAUCAAUCCAGAAUAUCUUGAAUUAGAUACCAUUGAAUCUGAUAUUAAAUCAUCUAAACCAUCUAAAGGUUAUGAAAUAGAUAUGAAUCCAAAUUAUUUAAGUCAUAUGGUUUAUAAAUGUUCAAUGGAUCCACCACAAUUAAUUUAUCAUAAAUAUAAUGAAACAAAUCAAUUGACUUAUAAUUAUCCAAUAGAACCAUGUGAAUAUAUGAGUUGUGAUUUAUCAUCAUCACAACAACAAGCACAUGUAACAUUAAUUCAUCCUCAUCAUCAUCAUCAUCAUCAUCAUCAUCCUGAAAUGAAUAUUGGAAUGAAUAAUUUAAGUAAUUUAACAUCUAGUGAAUUAAUAAAAUUAUUUACGGAUACAACAGGAGAAAAUUUUAUUACAUCCGUUUGAUAACCGUCCGACAAUCUAUCUAUCUAUCUAUAUCUUUAUCUACCUACCUAUCUAGCUAAUCUAUCUAUCUAUCUAACUAUCUAAUAAUCUAUCUAUCUAUCUAUCAAUAUGAAGAAAGUUUCAGGGAAUAUAAAUUCAAAUAGCAUAUUUACAGUUUAUUUUAAUGGUAUCUAACAGUCAGUUUUGUUUUCUAUGCUAUUUAUAAAAGUUAUUCCUAUAACAUUUUAUUGAUUUAUGUAUUAUUCUUCUUCUUCUGUGUUUUAUUGUUUAUUGAUUAUUAAUAAUAAUCAUAUUAUUAUUGAUAUUGCUAAUUUGUACUGGGAUACUAGGCAAAUAUUCUGAUUAAAACACGGAGUUUUGUUAAAGAAUCA